UUAAAUAAGGUCCGGGAGAGAGAUCUGAAACAGAACAUGCCUUGUUACCAACUCUGAUACGCGAAGCCUCGUGUCUGAAAAAUCAAUAAUGUACAUCUAAGUGGGUAAUAGAAUUGAGAGCAACCAUGGAAGCUUCUCUUUCUUCUUUUAUACAACUGAGUCUACUCGUUCUUGUUCUUCUUAUUCUUUCUUCUGAGGCAUCAUCAACUUCGCGCAAGAUAAAGCCUGGAUUUAUUUACACUAGAACCAGAGGAAAAUGCAGUCCCCAGUACUGGAGCAGCCGGAGCGAGUCAUGGCCAAGAAUGGUCCCAGAAGAAUCAACGGUAUCCAACGUGUUUGGCUCCAGAGCAUAUGAACGGUACAGAUACGACCUCACAUUACUCGAAGCAACGGAGCGAAACGACGACGUAGAGAACGAGUUCGCUCGGUUGGUCAAACAGUCAACGGCAGCACUACUGAACUCGUAUGCAAGAAAAGAAUAUCCCUACACAGCAUGGGAAAUAAAGACAUUGGUUAUUCAAGGAUUGGUAUCUAAAGAAGCUGCCGCCAGACAAGCCCAGUUGUUUCAUGAGGCUAAUGAAGCAUGUAAUUAACUAAAUUACAUUGUGAUACUGUAAUUUUUAAGGAUAAGAUAUGAUUAGUGUUUGAAAUUGGCAGUUGUAUUUUGACCGUUUGUUUAUUGGAACUAGUGUUUUUGUUUGA